GCCGGGAGAUGCGGCUGCGGAGCGGGUGGCUGCUGGCUGCGCUGUGCCUGGGCGCCGCCUUCCCCCUGCUGUGGUACGCGGCGUGGGAGGGGAGCCGAGAAGUGGACUUGCAACUCAACGCUGAAUAUUGCUGAGCAGUGCUGAUCUUCCUGCCCGUGUCCUUUCUUGUCAACCUCACAGCACUUGACGCUUCACGUGGCAAUUCUGCUAAGAGCGGGGUGCGAGCAGAGGUUCCAGCUUCAGCAAGCUGACUGCUCCUUGUGGCAGAAAAAUGAUAAAAGUCACCAGAGAGACAGUUGGAAAUGACCUAGACACAUACCAACACCAGCUCCUGGAACUUCGUCAAAGGCUAUUGUAUGCUGAAAAAGAAAAUAGUAAAAGAUCACAUGAGCUGAGCAGUGUCCUAGGUGAAAUAAAACAUAUUGUUGCAAAAAGAAUUAACUUGACGACAAAUCAUACAGAUGGCAUGAAAGUAUUAAAUGUCACUGGAAAACUCCCCAUGCAUCUUACAAACCUGUACUACUACCUACCUCACCUUCGAGAAUAUGAAGAUGCCAUUAUUCCAAACAUUGUUAUUGGACAACAGAGAACUGGAGUCUCACUGGUGAUGGGUAUUCCUACCGUGAAAAGGGAAAAACAAAGUUACCUGAUGAGCACUCUGCAGUCCUUAUUGUAUGGACUUUCUGAAAAGCAAAAGAAUGACUGUGUAAUAAUCAUCUUUGUAGCAGAGGUGAAUGCAGAAUAUGUUAACAGUGUUGCAGAAAGUGUUAAAACCAGCUUCCCCAGAGAGGUCCAGUCUGGUCUCCUAGAGAUUAUUUCUCCUCCUGCUUCUUACUAUCCAGAUCUUUCCAAUCUGAAGAAAACAUUUGGGGAUUCAGAGGACAGAGUAAGGUGGAGAACGAAACAGAAUUUGGAUUAUAGCUUUUUAAUGCUGUAUGCUCAACCUAAGGGAACGUUUUAUUUACAGCUGGAAGAUGAUAUUAUAGCCAAACCUGAUUACAUUCAAAGCAUAGAAAACUUUGCUGCUGAACAGUCCCAAGAGUGGAUGGUUCUUGAGUUCUCCCAGCUUGGAUUUAUUGGAAAAUUGUUUAAAACAGAAGACUUGCCACUUAUAGUAGAAUUUUUUGUGAUGUUCUAUAAAGAUAAGCCCAUAGACUGGCUUCUUGACCACCUGUUCUGGGUCAAAGUGUGCAAUCCAGAAAAGAAUGCGGCACACUGUGAAAAGGAAAAGGCAAGGUUACGUAUCCGUGCUAAGCCAUCUCUCUUUCAGCAUAUGGGACUUCAUUCAUCGUUGUCUGGGAAGAUACAAAACUUGAAAGAUAAAGAUUUUGGCAGAAGUGUGCUACAUAAAGCACAUAAUAAUCCACCUGCAAAACUGCAUACAAGUCUAAGAAUAUACCAGCAAUAUACCUUGGAAAACGUUUAUGAAGGAAAAGGCUAUUUUUGGGCUACAGCUCCAGUGGCUGGGGACUAUAUCAGCUUCACCUUUUUGAAGCCACUAAAAGUAGAAAAAUACUAUUUUAGAAGUGGAAAUAUGGAUUACCCUGGUGAUAUACUAUAUGACACUACUGUGGAAGUGUUGCCGGCUGAUGAAGCUGUAAGGAAAGGACUGGUUAACUACACUGCAACCAAAGACGGAUACUUAAAGAUAGGGGCUUUUGAAAAUGGAAUCGCAGAAGGCAGCAUCGAUCUGUCAGUAGGAGAAAUACUGGCUAUUCGUUUAUUGGUCAACUCUGAUUCCCCGGUAUGGGCAAUACUUAGUGAGGUACUGAUCAAGAUGUCUGAAAACUGAGAGAUGGACAAAGUAUAUUUUUGACACGUCACUUGUUACAGACUUGUUUGAAGACUUACCUCACAGCAACAAAAACCUGAGUGGAUAAAUAACAAAUCCAGACCCAAUACCGUGUAUUGGCAAAGAGUGGAGAUAAUUGUUAAAAACGUGUUAAAAUUGUUAAAUCUUUAUGUAACAAAUAUUAAAAGCUAUGAAAAACCCAAUUAUGUUAGAAACUUCCAUAAAAUGCUGCUGAUUAAGCUGUUCUGUAUAAAAAUUCCAUCUCAGUUGGACAACAUUAUAUAUUACUGUAAGCGACUGACAUUACAGGCAAUCUCAGGGACAGAACAGGACAGUAUAUUUCUAGUUCACUAGAACUAAAUAUAUAGACAUUUUGGGAGGAUAUUAAGGACAUGGUUUGCAACUGCACUAAGAACACUGGUCGGUUUUGACUACAACUGAAGGAAACAUUGUCAGUGUUUCAUGCAAGUACUUAGAACAGUCCACCAGAGAAAGGAUUAACUUACCAAUAUGAGAGUGGGUCUCAAACUUACCACGUUUUAGCCUUAAUGUAGCAUAAAGUGUGUUUCAUUUCAUUCUUUUUUAAAUGGAAAUUGCUUAUAAGCUACCAUUUGGAUACCUUGAAAGUCAAACAGGUAUUGUUUGGAGGAUUGUACAACUUUUCUGUGAUCUGUGCAUUAAAUUAACUCCAGGAAAUAAUUGGUAUAACACGUGUAACUAUAUUUUUGUAGGAAGAGUAUCUAUUUAAAUAAAAUUUUAUAUCCUGCCAUUUGAUAAUCAGUAUGUCCUGAUGCUUCUAUGCUGGUCACGAGCCAACUCUCACUACAAAUUGGAAAAUAAAUGGCAAACUGCAA